CGAGAAGCGCAUCACCAUGUCGGAGAAGGGGAAGAAGGACGAGCUCACUUGGAUGCACGUAAUUGUGCGUGUUUUCCUAAACUCAACGACACAUCCUAUUGAAUAUGCAAAAGUUCUCAUCCAGCUUGGCCAUGAAUCUGGAGCCUUACAAGUCGAGAACAGUGUUUGGCCGGGAAGCGUUAUAUUAUCCGAGUGUUUUCGGAUACAUUGCGCACACAAGAAGCGAGACGGGUUCCUUGGCUGCUACAGGGGCCUGACCCCAAAGCUGGCAGCAAACAUUGUUAGCGGAGUGGCCUUCCAGAGAGUCACCGAGAAUAUCCAAUUUAAGGAGCUGGAUGGUGAAGUAAAUAUUGAAGAACUGAACAUGAAGCAGCGCACACAGAGGUUCCUCCAGAACACUGCAAGGGAAUCAGCUGGUCGUGCUGCUGCCAUACUUGUGUCACAGCCUUUCCACGUCAUUGCAGUACGCAGCAUGGCAGAGUUUGUGGGCGAGGACGGCCAAUAUGUAGGAGUGUUCACCUCAGUGGGCGUGAUCUACAGAGAGCAGGGCGUAAAGGGCUUUUUCUGUGGAUUGAUACCUCGCCUGCUGUGUGAUCUGGCAGCACUCUGGCUGGGUAAAACGCUUGCCCAUGUCAUCAACAACUACCUCGUGGAAGACAAGGACCUCAAGCAAUAUGUGUCGGCGUCGAUGAAUUUUCUUGCCUCUGCCCUUACCUACCCUCUCCAGGUGGUGUCGAACUGCAUGGCUGUCAGUGGCUCGGGGCUUGUAGCUGGCUCCCCCCCUAACAUGCCCAUAUAUGAUGGCUGGAUUGAUUGCUACCGCCACCUCAAACAAAUCCGUGGGCUGAAGCGCGGAUCGUCCAUGCUGUGGCGAGCCUACACUGGCCCCACUAUCAUGCUCGGAGGAAGCCCAGCCAUUGCCACAAAUAGCAUGUUUGUCGCUCCAGCCUCUUCCUAGUUCAGUCAUGAAGAGGAGAGAGAGAGAAAAAGAGAGGAUGAAGAGAGGUUUAUGCAUAAAUAAAUAGGUGAAUAGAUAUAAA